AUGUCUUACUACCAGGGAAUAAAUUCAACGUGUCGCCCUUAUGUGAAAGUUCCAUCACCCUUCUAUUUCAAUAUUUCCGAAUUUUUACCAAGAAAAAGUGUAGGAUGCAAAACGUCUAAUGCAUUUAUGAUCUAUCGUAAAAUGUACGUAAAAGUAUUGCUGGAUCAAAAAUUACACUACAAAAUGACCGAGGCUUCUAACUGGGCGGCCAAAGCUUGGAACGAAGAAUCACUUAAAGUAAAAUCAGAGUUUAGAAGAUAUGCACAACAUUUAAAGGAUUUUUAUAAGCAAAGAGAAGCCGAAUUGAAAUUGGGAAGCAUUAAUCCAAUUCCUCUUCACUCAACACCAACAACUCUCCCAGAUAGCAACGUAAUUCCUGAUUAUGAAAUCGAUCCAAACUCAUUAGGUUUCGAUAUCGAGACGAACAACGAUCACCAAAUAUUUUUAUUAGAUCCUCAGUAUAACUUUAAUAUUAAUUAUUUUCUCUCGGAACCUUCAAACUGCUAUUCUCAAGAACAACCGCAAUUUAACAUGAAUUCGAAUGUUCUUCAUCAAACUUACUUACCUACUCCGCAGGCUUCCCCAAUACAAACUUUUGUUGAAAACUCAGAGCCCGGUGCUUUUCUUUCUUCAAUCCCGGAGG